GAUAGCGUGCAAGUGGAUAAUGUUUUGCAGCAUCAGAGGCACACUUCCUAAGACCUAGCUUAUUUGACGGGGGAUGAGAAAUGAUUUGGUUAGUGUUAUGAGAUGUUCUCUAUUUGCCAUGGCAAGAGGUCUGUUUUCAUGGGUCUGGCUGAGGAAGCCUAUCUACAUACAGGCCCGAUUCUCCUACCUGCACAUGAAGUAUCUGUUCUUCUCAUGGCUGGCAGUUUUUGUGGGUAGCUGGGUGGUGUAUGUGGAGUACUCAUCCUACUCAGAGCUGUGCCGUGGACAUGCAUGCAAGAAUGCCAUAUGUGACAAGUACAGGAAAGGAGUGAUCGACGGCUCAGCAUGCAGCAGUCUGUGUGAGAAAGAGACGCUGUACCUGGGGAAAUGUCUCUCUGCCAAGCCUAACAACCAGGUGUACUCAGGUGGCUGGGGGGACCUGGAGGGGGUGAUUAAGUGCCAGAUGGAGGAGGUUCCCCGUUAUGACCCGGGAGCUGAGAUGGAGCACAGGAAGGAGGCGUCGCACUUCAACAAGCCCACCAAGGGAACCUCCGUGGAGAAGUUCAGAGAGAUAGUCCUCAGCCACCUCAAGACCAAGGUGGGUGAACAGGCCAACCUUCAAGACCUGGUGAGCCUGGUUCUCUUCGUGGCCGACUACAACAAAGACGGCCUCAUCUCCCUACCUGAGGCCCGUUCCAUGUGGGCCCUGCUCCAGCUCAAUGAGUUCCUGCUAGCGGUGGUCCUGCAGGACAGGGAGCAUGCCCCCAGGCUGCUGGGCUUCUGUGGGGACCUGUACGUGAUGGAGAAGGUGCCCUACGCUCCCUUGUACGGCAUCAGCCUGCCCUGGGUAGUGGAGCUGUGGAUACCCGCGGGCGUACGACGCAGCAUGGACCAGUGGUUCACGCCCUCCUGGCCCCGCAAGGCCAAGAUCUCCAUCGGCCUGCUGGAGCUUGUAGAGGACGUCUUCCACGGCACCUUUGGCUCUUUCCUCAUGUGUGACGUGAGUGCAGCCGGCUUCGGCUACAACGACCGCCACGACCUGAAAGUGAUGGACGCCCACCACAUCGUCCCCGAGGCCACCUUCCAGGAAGCCAUGAGGGAGCGGCGGUGCGACAUGGACGAGGACUGUCUGUACGGGGUCGACUGUCGCACUUCCUGUGACCUCACCAAGCACCGCUGUACGCCAGAGGUGACGCGGCCCAACCUGGCCAAGGCGUGCGGCUCGCUGAAGGACUACCUCCUGCGUGGGGCGCCGUCUGACAUUCAGGAUGAGCUGGAGAAACAGCUGUAUGCUUGUAUAGCGUUGAAGGGCUCGGCGGAACAGAUGGAGAUGGAACACUCGCUUAUACUGAACAACCUGAAGACCUUGUUGUGGAAGAAAAUAUCGCACACCAAGGACUCCUAAUGAGGCGAAAACAUAGGUACUGUACGUCCCGACUCUCCACCCUUCUCCCAAAGUGUGCACUAGCACACUCCCGGUCAUGUAUUUGAAAGCAUUGGUUGGAACCGAGUUUCCGUCAUUGACAAUCCAGUACGGGGAGUGGUUAAAUGCACGCUUUGGGAAAGGGUGGAGAAUCAGGACACAUAUGAGCACUACCGCUGCCUCUGUCAAACCGUCUGGUUUCACAGCGCCUCAGAACUGGACGUGACUUGAAGUCUAUGGCAGGAGCGGAUGAAACAACCGCUCGUUUUAAUUGGCUGAUCUCUGUCCAUCACCAUCUAGUAUAACCCUUAGAACCUCCCCCCUACUUUGUGGAGUAGCACAUAUGAUUUAAACAAGUGAGUGAGUUUGGAAAAUCUGAAAGUACUCAUCUUAGAAAUAGUUUUCACAUAUAAACUUUAUAUGCCCGAACUCAGAAUCAAUUGAGCUUCCCAAAAAUAAAAUGAUCAAUGUGAUAGAAAAAUUGUGAAAAUCCUCAAUGAAAAUAAAUGUUCUAAGUCCCAUCUAAUAGAGCCCCACGGUGGAGGAGUCAUA